CUAGCUAAAGUUGUAAAGCGAUCAAAUUGGCUGGAAAAAGUGGUCAUUUUUAUUAGUGAAAAAUGAAAAAGCGGAGCAACGCCGGCGCGGCGUAGCUGUUUGUCCCGUGGUGCGCUGCGAACGGAUCGGCCCCCUAUAUCUUGGCGUUCCCGUCCCCGAUCCAGUGAUCCCCAUCAGACGCACGCAAUUAAUUGGUUGUACGCAACGCCGCCGCCGCCGGCGACGAACGACGAUGGCCAGCCACACCGUCACCGAUGCGCUCCUCCUGCCCCAUUCCGAGGGCGCCGUCGCCGGAGCGGUCGACUUCCGCGGCCGCGCCGCCUCGCGCGCCUCCACCGGCCGAUGGUCCGCCGCAAUGUUCGUCCUCGGGGUGGAGAUCGCGGAGAGGUUCGCGUACCACGGCGUGUCGGCGAACCUGAUCAGCUACCUGACCGGCCCGCUGGGGGAGUCGACGGCGGGUGCCGCGGCGGCGAUCAACCUGUGGAGCGGCGUGGCGACGAUGCUGCCGCUGCUGGUGGCCUGCGUCGCCGACGCCUGGCUCGGCCGGUACCGCACCAUCGUGCUCGCCUCCCUCCUCUUCGUCGUGAGCAUGGGAAUGCUAACCCUCUCCUCGGCGCUUCCGGCCUUCCACGGCGGCGGCGGCGGCGGCUGCAGCUACACCUCCAAGUCGCUCGCCUGCUCGCCCUCCACCGCCCAGGUGGCCAUCUUCUACGUGUCGCUGUACCUGGUGGCGCUCGCCGAGGCCGGCCACAAGCCGUGCGCGCAGGCGUUCGGCGCGGACCAGUUCGACCAGAACGACCCCAAGGAGUCCGUCUCCAGGAGCUCCUUCUUCAACUGGUGGUACUUCGGCAUGUGCUCCGGCACCGCCAUGACGACCAUGGUGUCCAGCUACAUCCAGGACAACAUCGGCUGGGGCCUCGGCUUCGGCAUCCCCUGCCUCGUCAUGGUGUUCGCCCUCGUCAUGUUCUUGGUCGGGACGAGGAACUACCGGUAUUACGCCUCCACCCGGUCGAGCCCCUUUGCUCGCCUCGCGAGGGCGUUCGUCUCGCUAAUCAGAGGAUCCAAAGACGAUGCUCUUGCCGUCGUCGACGACGACGGCGACCGCCGCGAGGAGCUGAGCGCCGUGCUGCCGUUGUUCCCAAUCUGGGCGACGUGCAUCAUCUACGCGGUGAUCUUCUCCCAGUCGUCGACGUUCUUCACGAAGCAGGCGGCGACGUUGGACCGGCGGAUCGGGGAGAGCUUCAAGGUGCCGCCGGCGGCGCUGCAGACGUUCAUCAGCAUCACCAUCAUCGCCUUCAUCCCGGUGUACGACCGUCUCUUCGUGCCCGUGGCGCGGCGGUUCACGCGCCUGUCGUCGGGGAUCACCAUGCUGCAGCGGAUCGGCACGGGGCUCGUGCUGGCGCUGGCGGCCAUGGUGGUGGCGGCGCUCGUGGAGGCCCGGCGGCUCGGCGUCGCGAGGGACGCCGGCCUGGUGGACCAGCCCAAGGCGGCGCUGCCGAUGAGCCUGUGGUGGAUGGUGCCGCAGUACGUCCUGUUCGGGCUCUCCGACGUGUUCGCCAUGAUCGGCCUGCAGGAGUUCUUCUACGACCAGGUCCCCGACGCGCUGCGCAGCCUGGGGCUCGCCUUCUUCCUCAGCAUCUUCGGGGUGGGCCACUUCUUCAGCAGCUUCAUCAUCUCCGCCAUCGACGGCGCCACCAAGAAGAGCGGCGCGAGCUGGUUCGCCAACAACCUCAACCGCGCGCACCUCGACUACUUCUACUGGCUGCUCGCCGGCCUCUGCGCCGUGGAGCUGGUCGCCUUCGUCUUCGUUUCGCGCGUUUAUGUGUACAAGAAGAGGGCUUCUCAUGAUGGUUGUGCUGUCAUCCGGAGCAAGCUGCUGCCUCCCCUGCUGGAGUCGGCCAUGGCGGACACCGUCGCCGGCGCCGUCGAUUACCGUGGCCGGCUCGCCUCCCGUGCUUCCACCGGCGGGUGGAAGUCGUCGGCUUUCGUCAUGGGUAAGCCUUUGAGUCAAUCUUUCUUUCCGGUGAUUCGGAGGCGAUUAGAUGGAUCGGCGGCGUCGUGUGCGAUGAUGUUGUUUCUUGGUGCAGCCAUGGAGAUCGCGGAGAGGUUCGCGUACAAGGGGGUGGCGGCGAACCUGAUCACGUACCUGACCGGGCCGCUGGGGCAGCCGAUGGCGGGCGCCGCCGCGUCCAUCGACGCGUGGAAGGGCGUCUCCCAGAUGCUGCCGCUGCCGCUGGCGUGCGUCGCCGACGGGUGGCUCGGCCGGUACCGCGCCAUCGUCCUCGCCUCCGUCAUAUUUAUCCUGAGCAUGGGGACGCUGUCGAUGUCGUCGGCGUUCCCGGUGUCCCGCUCCGGCCACGUCGCCGUCUUCUACGUGGCGCUGUACAUGGUGGCCCUGGGCGAGGGCGCGCACAAGCCGUGCGCGCAGGCGUUCGCGGCGGACCAGUUCGACGAGAAGGACCCCAAGGAGUGCGUCGCCCGGAGCUCCUUCUUCAACUGGUGGUACUUCGGCAUGUGCGCCGGCACCGCCGUCACCACCAUGGUCUCCAGCUACGUGCAGGACAACGUCGGGUGGGGCGUCGGCUUCGGCAUCCCCUGCAUCGUCAUCGUCGUCUCCCUCACCGUGUUCCUCCUCGGGACGCGAUCGUACAGGUUCUACACCACCAAGGCGGCCAGCCCCGUCUCCCGCGUCGGCAAGGCGUUCCUGACAUUGAUCAGGAGCUGGAGAUCGAACCGUCGCACCAAUCCGGCGAGCGGCGGCAAAAGAGAUGGAGACGGCGACGGCGGCGACCUCGUCGAGGAGGUGAAGAGCGUGUUCCGGUUGCUCCCGAUAUGGGCGUCGUGCAUAAUCUACGCCAUCAUCUUCUCCCAGACGUCGACGUUCUUCACGAAGCAGGCGGCGACGCUGGACCGGCGGAUCGGCCGGAGCUUCAAGGUUCCGCCGGCGGCGCUGCAGACGUUCAUCAGCGUCAGCAUCGUGGCAUUCAUCCCGGUGUACGACCGCCUCUUCGUGCCGCUGGCGCGGCGGUACACGGGGAGGCCGUCGGGCAUCACCAUGCUGCAGAGGGUGGGCGCCGGGCUCGCGCUCUCCCUCGUCGCCGUCACCCUGUCCGCCCUCGUGGAGACGAGGCGCCUCCGCGUCGCCGCCGACGCCGGCCUGGCGGACAGCCCCAAGGCGCGGCUCCCGAUGGCCCUGUGGUGGAUGGUCCCGCAGUACGUGCUCAUCGGCGUCGCCGACGUGUUCGCCAUGGUCGGCCUGCAGGAGUUCUUCUACGACCAGGUCCCCGACGCCGCGCGCAGCCUCGGCCUCGCGCUGUUCCUCAGCAUCUUCGGCGUCGGCCACCUCCUCAGCAGCCUCCUCAUCUCGGUGAUCGACAGGGCGACGGCGAGGCGCGGGGGCAGCUGGUUCGCCAACAACCUCAACCGCGCGCACCUCGACUACUUCUACUGGCUCCUCGCCGGCCUCUGCGCCGUGGAGCUCGUCGCCUUCUUGCUCCUCUCGCGGGUGUACGCCUACAAGAAGAAGGCCGCCGGCGAUGCAGAGUGCAACGGUGACCACAGGGGAGGUGACAACGACGAUGGCAUCUGCGUGUAACCUCCGAUUUUGUGCUGUACGUUGCAGCUUCAUUGCUUCCGACUUGCAAGUGUAACAAAAUCCUCUCAGCUUCUUGUUGUAGUUUCACUGUAUUAUUAUUAUACUCUGGUCAGUGAUCAGUAUGGACAGCUGGUGAACUGAUGACAUAUUCAUCGGAUGGGCCGAACAUAUACUUGUUCUUGAAAAAUAUUACAAGAGGCAUUUAAAAGAACAAA